AUGGCAAUCUCCUUCCUCGGCUCCCAACCUCUCUGUAUUCUUCUACUGUUCUUCUUCACCACCCAAAUUUUAGCUCAACCAGCACCAUCCAACUCGAGCACAAGCUUUUCAUGCUCGGUAGAUGCACCUCCUUCGUGCGACACGUAUGUGUCUUACCUUGCCCAGCCUCAGUUUUUGAGUCUCGGAAAUAUUUCUGAUCUAUUUGGGGUCAGUUCUUUAUCAAUUACCAAGGCCAGUAAUCUAGUCUCUGAGCAGAUCAGAUUGAUUGCAGGCCAACUCUUACUCGUACCGAUCACCUGCGGUUGCACUGGAAACAGUUAUUUUUCGAACAUCACCUAUGAGAUCAAGAAAGGAGAUAACUACUAUUUAGUUUCAAUAAAUUCAUUUGAGAAUCUCACCAAUUGGCAUGCAGUGCUAGAUAUGAACCCCACUCUGGAUCCAACGCUCUUGCAGAUUGGUGUCAAAGUAACCUUUCCUUUGUUCUGUAAAUGCCCAUCAAAGAUGUAUUCGGAUAAUGGAGUUAAGCACCUCAUCACUUACGUAUGGCAACCCAACGAUGACACCUUUCGGGUGAGUUCCAAGUUCAAUGUGUCACCACUUGAUAUCGUAACUGCAAACGACUACCGGAACUUCACCGCUGCUGUGGGCCUUCCGGUGGUGAUCCCGGUGUCAAAAUUGCCUGCUCUAGCUCAACCGAAACCCCCUCACGGAAGAAACAUAUUCAAGCAGCGGUGGUGGCUCAUUCUAGUCAUAAGCUUGGGAGGUGUUCUAGCUGUUUCAUCCCUUUUUGCAAUGUUCGUGGUCCAUAGUCGUCGUCUACAUAAGAGAAGUAAGGCCUUGAAUGGUACUGGAUCAUCUAUGGAGAGCGCUGAAUGGUUCAAUAUGAAAGAAGGAAAAAGUGAUGAAAAAUUAGAGCUCAAGUUCAUACAGGACAAGCUUCUUCCUGGAGUUUCUAGCUAUCUAGGAAAGCCAAUCAUGUAUGAAAUCAAAACAAUUAUGGAGGCAACCAUGAAUCUCAACGAGCACUGUAGGAUUGGAGGGUCUGUAUACAGAGCCAUAAUUGAUGGGCAGGUCUUAGCUGUAAAGAACACCAAGGAAGAUGUCACAGAGGAACUAAAUAUUCUGCAGAAGGUAAAUCAUGCAAAUCUGGUGAAACUAAUGGGCAUCUCGUCUGAAGCAGACGGGUUUCGCUUCUUGGUUUAUGAAUAUGCCGAAAAUGGCUCACUUGAUAAGUGGUUGUACCCCAAAUCUUCAUCCACUUCAACUUCUUUAGCUUUGCUUACAUGGAAUCAGAGACUAAGCAUAGCUCUGGAUGUUGCAAAUGGCCUGCAAUACAUGCACGAACACACGCAACCGAGCAUUGUUCACAUGGAUAUCAGGACAAGUAACAUACUUCUCGACUCUAAAUUCAAGGCCAAGAUAGCAAAUUUCUCCAUGGCUAGAGCAGCUGCAAACAAUGUUACCCCCAAUGUGGACGUCUUUGCUUUCGGGGUUGUUCUGUUGGCCUUGCUUUCAGGAAAGAAAGGCAUGGAGACAAAGGAAAAUGGAGAGGUUCUCAUGUUGUGGAAGGAUGUUAGGUGGGUUUUGGAAGCUGAAGAGAAAAAAGUGGAGAGGUUAAGAAAAUGGAUGGAUCCAAAUUUGGAUAGUUUCUAUCCCAUUGAUGGUGCUUUGAGCUUGACAGCCUUGGCAAGGGCCUGCACACAGGAGAAGUCUUCAGCUAGACCAAGCAUGGCAGAAGUUGUGUUCAACCUCUCUGUGCUCACUCAUUCGUCUUCCGAAUCGACAUUCGAAAGGUCUUGGGCUUCUGCUUUGGAAGCAGAAGAAGUUCUUCAAACUAUCAAUCCGAUCACUGCCCGUUGA